AUGGCGGUCGUUGUCGAGCAAACCAUUCCCUUUGCGAAAGAGCAGCUGGACGUCGAGAACACCACAAGAUGGGAAUCUCUCUACCCGCUCAUCAGACCGUCCAUCCAAGUGAUCAGUACGCCUUCGGGCCAAACUGUACUGGUAGACCAGACACUAGCGAAUGACAAGUUCGUGAGAGUGGUGGUUGUUGGAAGAGCUGGAAACUUCUCGAGCAAGCUGCUCUCAGAAAAGAAUGUCACAGCUGUUGUCACACACACUGAGAGCCAUGGUGUUCCAUCAAGCCUGGAUCUGGCAAAAGCUAUCAAUGAGGUUGGACACCAGCAGAAUGCCGGCGUUGUCGUUCUCCGAUCUGGCAAGGAGAGAAAAUUGGCGAGCACCAAGGAGGACGUGGUGGAGGUAGAAGUGGCUAGCGACUUGGAAGUGGACCACUUGAUCCACCUGCUGGGUGCUGCGACUGAGUCAACAAGAUCAUCCAUCCAGAAGACGAAGGAGACUCUGCAGACUUACCUCGAAACCUCGACGACUGCGACAUCAACAUUUCAGACAGGGAAAGAGAAUGGGCAACCUGCAGUAUCGUUUGCCGAAGGAGAUUUCGGCGGCUAUGGGGAAGCAAGACACGCCAUCGAGAAAGCCUUGGAGCACGUACUCCGCCCACAUCUUGGUCAGAAAAGCGACAACACCUACUCCAUACAUUGCUCCGACAUCAACGGCUUGUCUAGGUUAGAAAAUUACAUUCUCGGCUUAGAGAUAGCCACGUACCUUAAAAACGCCGGCCUGGCCUACCGUUUAUCCACAUCAACACUCUUGCAGCAUUCGAACCUUGCGAGAGGAUUCUCAAUAUCAGUCUGUCCCAUUUCCAAUCAGAAUUUGGAAGCUCAACAAGAGCCAUCGAAUCCACUCGCCGACGAAGCCACCGAGGGCAGCAAUCUAACCAGAAUCGACUCGCGAUACAUGAAGUUCACGGACCAUGCAGUCCGCAGCCGCAUCGAGAAUGGGUGCGGUGCGGUCAUCAAGGAGGAAGCAACCAUCACUCGAUACGACGAGAUCGUUGGUGAUGGCGACUGUGGCUACACGCUCAGAGACGGUGCAAAGCAGGUUCUCAAGUUCAUUGCGAACAGGGAUCUAUGCGAGCUACCCCAGACGCUUUCUGAGCUCGUACACGAUCUCGAAGUCAACAUGGGAGGAACGUCAGGCGCAUUGUAUUGCAUCUUCUUGACCUCGUUGUCUUCGGCUCUAGCUUCGACGGACUCGGUCGCGGCAGCGCUGUCAGUCGCUAUGAACCAAUUGCUGAACUAUACGCGCGCAAGAUUGGGAGACAGGACAAUGUUGGAUUGUCUCAUUCCGUUUGUCGGGACUCUGAACGCGAGCGGCGAUGUUGAGAAAGCGCUUGCAGAAGCAGAGAAGGGAGUCGAGAGUACAAAGAACCUUGAAGCCAAGCUUGGAAGAAGCACGUAUCUCGACGAGAGUGCGACCCGGGGUGUGCCAGAUCCUGGAGCCUAUGGUCUGCUUGUACUGUUGAAGGGUAUGUGUGCUAGUGUAGAGUAG